AUGAUUAAUUUCUUACAAAUUAAUCUAAACUGUUGCAAAGCAGCCCAAGCUUUGGUCACCAAAACCGCCGAUGACCUCAAUAUUGACAUAAUCCUGGUGUCCGAGCAAAACCAAGCAUGUGACCGGUCAUGGAUGCAAGACCAAUCAAAAAAAUCAGCUAUCAUAAACUACAAUCGAAUACAGAUAGACGAACUUGGUAAACCGGAUAUGGGCUUCAUUUGGUGUAGAUUGGCGGGUAUAAAGAUAUACUCGUGCUACUGGACACCGAGAGCGGACAUAGCUGCUUUCACAGACUUCCUACGACGUCUGGAAACAUGCAUCAGAGCCAGCACUGGGGAAGUCAUCGUAUGCGGUGACUUUAACGCUCAUCACACCUUAUGGGGAUGCAAAACGAACGACAAAAAAGGUGAUCUUCUAGCCGACAUGAUCCAAGCAUCAGGAAUGAUCGUGUGUAACAAGGGAACGGAUGCUACUUUCCAAAGCGGCAAUCGAUCGUCCAUUGUCGAUGUAACAUUCGCGACCCAACGCACAGCAACCUCGAUCACAAAGUGGAGCGUCUUGGAAGAAACAUCGUUGAGUGACCAUAAUUACGUGCACUUCUGUGUGGAGUUCAACGCAGAAGCCGACGUCCAGCCAUGCACAAAUACCAAAGUGGUUCCUAGCAAACUGAAGGAAUACCUAGACUUGAACCCACUUCCACUGUGUUUUACAACCAAUGAUGUAGAUGCGUUAGCCACGGGGCUCACGGAUGCUAUAACCCAGAUAUGUGGCUUCCAACACAGGCCACGCUUAGGAAAAGCAAGAAGAUCGGUUUAUUGGUGGUCUACAGAACUUAGCAAUUUACGUAAGGACGCUAAUCAUCUAAGACGAGUCCACAAGCGGAAAAGAAAGAAAGCCGGCUGUGAAUCCUGCUUAGCCGAGGCAGAAGCAGCAAAGACGGCCAAAGCCGUUCUGUGUAAAGCUAUUAAACGCGCGAAAGAAAAAGCCUGGACUGACCUGUGCGAUCAAGUACAGCGGGACCCCUGGGGAAAGCCAUAUAAAUUGGUUAUGGGAAAACUAUGCGGAAAUUCAAAAAUCCCUGGAAUCAAUACUCCAGGCCGCGCUCAACUGAUUACCCAAGGUUUAUUCCCGGUACACGAGGAACGAGAGAUGACGCAAUGGCCACAAGACCUCCCAGAAGACGCUCAUUUCACUAUCGCUGAGCUUAGACAUGCCGCAAGCCAAUUGAAGAAAUCUGUCUCCCCAGGCCCGGACAGA